GGAGCACCGCGCGAGAUCCAGAUUGUCGCACCACCCCCGCAGUUCCGCCGCUUCGGUAACGCAGCAGCGCUGGGACUGAUCACCUUCGGCAUGUGCACUGUGCAGCAGUCGAUGAUGGACGCCGGUAUGUCUGUGGGCUAUGGGCAUGGCACGCGCUCGCUGGCCGGCCAGUGCAUCGCGGUGGCCGGUCUGGCGCAGUUCGCGGCCGGUCUAUGGCAGAUCGCCAACGGCGACACGUUCGAGGGCGCUGCUUUCACGUCCUUUGGCGCCUCGUGGCUGGCCAAGGGUCUGGCAAUGGUACCCGGCAUCGGCGUCAUCGACUUCCAGGCCAACGAGGACCCUGAGAUCAAGCGUAAGCAGAACGGCAUCCAGUCGCUCGCCUGGAGCAUCUGGGUAUUCAUCCUGCUGGCCGGUAACGUCAAGUCGCACAUUGCGAACAUCCUCAUGUUUGUCCUGCUGAACCUCGAGAUCGACCUCGACACCGCUGGCAUCUGGCUGGGCAAGGAGUCUGUCAUCAAGGCUGGUGCCUGGAUGGGUUUCUUCUGCGGUCUCAUGGCCAUGUACAACUCGGCUGCCAUCCUUCUGAACGAGGAGAACUUUUGGUUCAACCUCCCGGUC